CCAGGUCACUCAUUCUCUCUUGUGCAGCCGGGUAGGAUUAGUGUUCGUAACGCUCGAGGACGUGUCACUUAUUCAACGAAGUUUAUCAAGUCUUGGUACACAGUGUGUUGUUUACAACAAAUGUGCGAUUAUGGGCAGCACAAAAUGUCUCAAGAAACGGCUACAAUUAUCAAAGCGAAGGAAAUCCGCAAAAAGGAAAAUGCUUCUGGCGCGUACUGCUAAAAAUCUAAAAAGGGCAGACACUAAUGGCGUAUUACCAGAAAGAGAAGAUGAUUUGCCACCAUUGGUAGUUGAAACUGUCAAGGAGUCUACUUCAUGGGAUGAACUGACAGGAAAUCGCAUAUUCACCCCCGGAUUCGUAAUUCCGGUUAUACUACAAAUACAGAGCAGUCACACAAGAAAAUGCACGGCUGGCACUAUUCGAUUUAAAAAAGAAAUUCUAAGUGGCCUGCACUGCAAAUGGGUCCUCGAAUGCGAUAUGUGCCACAGGGAAUAUGAAAUACAAAAUGUAAGAUCUGGAAGCAGUGUUAUAAACACGUCAGGCGCUUGGGCAGCCUUGUCAUCAGGAGUUGGUUUCUCUCAGUUUGAGAACACAUUAAGUGUGUUGAAUGUUCCUUCCAUGAGUCAAAACACAUUUCUCAAGGAAGAAUGCCUCAUAGAAAAGAUACUGGAAGCUGACUUGUACUCGAGCAUGAAAGAAGCGGGCAAGGAAGAAAGAGAACAAGCUAUUCGAAAUGGUGACAUCGAUGAUGACGGAAUCCCCUUCAUUACUGUGACCGUGGAUGGCGGAUGGGCCAAGCGUAGCUAUGGACACAACUACAACUCCUCAUCUGGGGUGGCAGUUAUAAUAGGCCAACAUACGGGAAAACUUCUCUUUAUGGGCGUCAGGAAUAAGUACUGUUGUAUUUGUGAACGAGCCAUUACAGAACAGAAGGAAGCGAAACAACACUUGUGUUAUAAAAAUUGGGGCAAAACAAGACCAUCAACAGCUAUGGAACGAGAUGUUAUUGUUGAAGGAUUCUGCCAAAGUUUUGAAAUGCAUGGAUUAAAAUACAAGUAUUUCGUUGGAGAUGUGUAUACGCUAGGAUCAUGGAAAAAGUUCCUUAUGGACGUAGUGUCUUUAAAAUUGAGUGUGCCAAUCACUGUGUCAGAAACUACACCGGUCAUUUGCAUACCCUCGCAGCAGACAAGACUUUUUCGUCGGAAGCAAGGAAGCUGCUGAAUCCUGUAAUUCCUCGCCUUACAGCCGCAGCAAAAGUGAAACAAAUAAUAUUGUACCAGUUCUUCGCGCGAAUGGCCUUUUUGAACAAAUACAAAGUCUAGUGGAGAGACUCGUCGCAAAGGCUCAACGGCUCAAAGAAAACAAAACAAGUAAUUCGGCAGAAUUCUAUAUGAGCCUAGUUGCCAAAUUUAGUGGGGGCAAAAGAAUUAAUUACACACAGAGAGGCUCUUUUCAGCGUCGAUGUUACAUGGCAGGACUAAGAUUCCAGAAAGGUUUAGCUUGGGAGAAGAGCCCUUUCAAAAAAAUGUCAGGUAAGAGUCCUGGUUCAACACACAAGAAGGUCCUCCACAAAAAGAUCCGUCACGGCAUAACUCGGCGUAAACUGGCUUACCAAGAAGAUAGUCAGUUGAAACGAAAACGGCGUGAA